CUUGGGCAAUGAUCUUCUGGACUUGCAUGUAGCUCGUUCGUCUUCCCACUGUAUCCCCCACUAGUGCACUUGUAUAAGAACCCUUAACUCCCUGGGGGAUUUCGACUUUUCAAGGGCUACAGUUACUCAGCGUCUUUUCUACGGAUGUCAUAACUCUAUAUUACUUGUGAUAUAUUGGCAAACCCUCUCAAUAAUGGCUAAUUUUCGCAUGGGCGUUACCUUUGCUGGGGUGACUCUUGCGGUGCUGGUGUUUUUCCAGCUGAUUGCAUUAUUCAAGCUCGAUAGCCAGUCACAAUCGCCUUUGCCUAGUUUUAGUUCAAACUUCAACCAGUGGAAAAGCAGAGCGAACGCGGCGCCAGCUGAUGAUAUCUUUUUGGUCGGAGCGGGCAAGGCAGACGUAACUGGGCCCGUUGUGGAGCUGACUCUCGCUGGCUAUGCCAGUUUGGACCAACUAGGCACUGGUCUAAAGCAGAGACUGUAUUCUCGCGCCUUCAUCUUCGCAGACCCAAAUAAGCCCGAUGAUACUUUUGUGUACCUGGUGCUCGAUACACUUGCAGGUGACACGGCCGUGCGACAUGGUGUCCUGGAGGGUCUCACUGCCCUCGGUGGGAAGUAUGCACGGUACGGCGAACACAACGUCGCAAUGACGGGGACGCAUUCGCACUCCGGGCCAGGAGCGUGGAUGAACUACUUACUGCCUCAGAUCCCGGCAUUAGGCUUCAACAAGCAAAGCUAUCAAGCCAUUGUCGACGGCACUGUUCUAUCAAUCAUCCGUGCCCAUGAGAACUUGGCGCCGGGUCGGCUCUCUUUUGGAUCCAUCGACUUGCAAGACACCAAUAUAAAUCGCAGUCCUUUUUCAUACGAGCAUAAUCCAGAGGAAGAACGGGCGCGGUAUUCUGCCAAUGUUGAAAAAUCGCUCUCGCUCAUUCGGUUUGAUCGCGAAUCCGACAACAAAACAGCGGCUGUCCUAACAUGGUUCCCUGUUCAUGGCACAUCUAUGUACAACAACAACACUCUGGUUAGUGGCGAUAACAAAGGUGUCGCAGCUUACCUCUUUGAGCGCAGCGUCCACGGCGAUGCGAGGUUCACGGACGAUGCCGUUAUUGGAUUCUCUCAGGCGAGUGUCGGGGACACAUCCCCUAAUAUCCUUGGGGCUUGGUGCGAAGAUGGCUCUGGAAAGAUGUGUCGAUAUGAAGAUAGCACUUGUGGUGGCAAAAACGAGGAUUGCCAUGGUCGGGGUCCUUUCUUCCGCGAGAACGACAACGGAGCGAAGAGCUGCUUCGAGAUUGGGCGCCGCCAGUACUCAGCAGCAAAGAAGCUUUACGAAGGGAUGAACACCACCCCUAUCAAAAUUACUGGAGGUUCAGCGGUGAAAUCUUUCCAUGUGUACCAAGACAUGAAUGGCUACACUUUCCCAUCGCCAUUCAACUCUAGUACUCUGACGACUUGUCCUGCGGCUAUGGGGUACUCCUUUGCUGCUGGAACUACAGACGGACCUGGUGCCUUUGACUUUACCCAAAAUGCUACUGGUCCAGCUGGACGCAACCCCCUGUGGCAAGUUGCGCGUGCAGUUAUCCACCAGCCCAGCAAGGCGCAGCAGCAGUGCCAAAGCCCCAAGAACGUGCUAUUGGAUAUCGGCACUCUCACUGAGCCUUAUGCAUGGGCCGCGGAUAUUGUUGACAUCCAGGUCUUGCGCGUGGGUCAGCUGUUCCUCGUUAUCUCCACCAGCGAAGCUACCACGAUGUCUGGGCGACGCUGGAAGGAGGCUAUUGCGAAAGGAGCAAAGGACCACCUUUCUGUUUCCGAUCCUCUAGUGGUACUAGGAGCCCCAUCAAACAGUUACGCUCACUACGUGACAACAGAGGAAGAGUACGGCGCUCAGCGCUACGAGGGCGCGUCCACACUCUACGGCCCCAACACACUGGCAGCCUAUGUCAAUCUGACCCUCACUUACCUGCCCUAUUUGGGAAGCUCCUCAGAAGUUGCCAAACUUCCAGCCAUCCAACCCGGCCCCAACCCACCAAUCAACACCAACCGUUCAUUGAGCUUCAUUGCGGGGGUUGUGUAUGAUGGAGCGCCCAUUGGCAAGCACUUUGGAGAUGUGACUUCAAACCCGGGGUCUGGACCCUAUGGCCCCGGAGAUGUUGUGAAGACGACCUUCGUGGGCGCCAAUCCCCGCAACAAUCUGCACCUCGAAUCAACCUACGCUGCGGUUGAAAGAAAAAACGAUUCUGGUGCAUGGGAGUUCGUGCGCAAUGACCGCGACUGGAAUUUGGUCUUCAAGUGGAAGCGGACCAAUGAGAUUCUUGGCUAUAGUGAGGUGACAAUUGAAUGGGAUAUUGAGAAUGAGUAUUAUAGUCUUGACACUACGUCCCCCCUGCAGGCUGGGACCUAUCGGAUGCAUUAUUACGGAGACUCAAAGAACCCCUUUGGCCAAAUAUCGCCUUUCGAGGGCAUUAGUGGGGCUUUCACAGUGAAGACUUCAUAG